GUAAGGACGACAAGAAUCUCUCACUCAGGUUCUGUAGAAUUGUCAGAAUAAUUUCUAAUGGGAGGCAAAAUGGGAUCACUACCGGAGCAAAACAGAGAGAAGCUUCUCUGGCAGUCAAGCGAUGUCACCGAUAGCCGUGACUCCAAGUUCCGGUGUUGCUCGUGGAGGACUCUCUACGAGGCUCCGGCGAAGUUGUAUGCCAUGGGACAUUCUGAUCGUCGGAAGCUUUACUUCUCCUUCAAGAUGGGGAUUGCUUUGGCACUCUGUUCUUUCGUCAUCUUUCUCAAAGAACCGCUUCAAGAUGCGAGUAAAUUCGCAGUUUGGGCGAUUCUCACUGUCGUUCUCAUUUUUGAGUAUUAUGUCGGAGCAACUUUGGUUAAAGGAUUCAAUAGAGCGUUAGGCACAAUGUUAGCUGGGGGACUUGCUCUCGGCGUCGCGCAGCUCUCUGUUUUAGCAGGAGAAUUUGAAGAAGUCAUCAUCGUAAUCUGCAUAUUCCUUGCAGGUUUUGGUGCUAGUUAUUUGAAACUCUACGCGGCCAUGAAACCAUACGAAUACGCAUUCAGGGUGUUCAAGUUGACAUAUUGUAUAGUUCUUGUUUCCGGGAACAACUCAAGAGACUUCUUAAGCACUGCUUAUUACAGGAUCUUGCUUAUUGUUCUUGGUGCAACCAUUUGUUUGCUUGUGAAUGUAUUUCUGUUUCCGAUAUGGGCGGGGGAAGAUCUCCAUAAACUGGUGGCCAAAAACUUCAAGACUGUGGCAAAUUCCUUAGAAGGAUGUGUUAAUGGUUACUUGCAAUGUGUGGAAUACGAGAGAAUACCGUCGAAGAUACUCACGUAUCAAGCUUCAGAUGAUCCAUUAUACAGCGGAUACAGAUCCGCUGUUCAAUCUACAAGCCAAGAAGAUUCUUUGCUUGAUUUCGCUAUAUGGGAGCCUCCUCAUGGACCUUACAAAACGUUUAACCAUCCUUGGAAAAACUAUGUCAAACUCAGUGGUGCAGUGAGGCAUUGCGCUUUCACAGUCAUGGCAAUGCAUGGAUGCAUUCUUUCAGAAAUACAGGCAGCUCCAGAGAAAAGACAUGUUUUCAGUAACGAGCUUCGGAGAGUUGGUAAUGAAGGAGCAAAAGUUUUACGAUUGUUUGGAGAAAAAGUGGAGAAAAUGGAGAAGCUAAGCCUAAGCCUCGGAGAGAUUCUGAAAGACGUUCAACGAGCAGCCGAGGCACUACAGAUGAAAAUAGAUUGUAAAUCAUAUCUUCUUGUCAACUCAGAAAGCUGGGCAGCUAUUAAAGAGCAAGCUGAAGCCGAAGAAGCUCGAGAAAACGACCAAGAAGCCAAAGACGACGAGACUAAAGUGAUCAAAUCUUUAAGCCAGAUUUGGGAUACUAACAACAACAAUCAUCAGAGUAAUGAUCAAUCUCAGAAUUGGAUGUCAACAGAGAGUAUGAUGUUCAAGAACCGAGAGAUGUGGCCAAGCAUGUCCUUUAUUGGUGGUACUGUGGUGAAUGAGAUUGAAUGUAAAGUAUACGAAAGCGCGAGUUCGUUGUCUCUAGCUACAUUUGCUUCCCUUCUGAUCGAGUUUGUUGCGAGGCUGCAAAACAUUGUCAAUGCUUUUGAGGAGCUUAGCACAAAAGCUGGUUUCAAAGAUCCUGUUGAUCAGAUUCCUAAGGUUUGAAUGUGUGAAAGAAGUGAUACAACGUUAAUAUUAUGAACAUGGUGUAAUAAGUGAUUUGUAAGCAA